AUGCACUUCCGAAUGCUUGUUGUCGUAUUCACGGCCACCUUCCUUGCUGUCGACGGCAUUUCAAUCGACCACGACAAAGUCAAGCCGCACGCUCAGCCUGAGCCCGUCACGAUAGCAGAGAAGGCUGGCGUCAAGUUCAAGCCACGGAUGUCCAUCCGCGAGGGGUGUGCGUCAUACCCGGCAGUGAAUGAGGCCGGUGAGACCAGUGGAGGUCUUAAGGGGAGCGGAGGAUCUCCAGGGUGUGAAGGUUCUCCAUUCGGGUCCCAGGUUUACGGGCGCGCGGCGUGGCACAACGAUCUGUACGCCAUCGUGUACGCCUGGUACUUCCCAAAAGGAUUCUCGGGGCCUUCGCCGUCAAGGCGCCAUAACUGGUCCAGUGCCGUCGUGGGGCUCGACAACCCAGACGUGGCCACACCAAAGAUCAUGGGGCUUUUGCUGUCAAACUCCGCUAACUCAAUGUUGGUGAACCAUCAAAUAGCAAAUGACUUCAAAACUUGA